GAGUCAAACAAACUGUGAGUAGGCCAGGCAUGUGGAAUUACUGCCCCACAGGGCUUUAUCAGAACUGCCAGGACAAGUGGAUUCAUUUCCUGUAAAUAUAUUUAAAAGGCAGUGCUUAUGAAGGAGGCGGACACAAGGCAACAAAGGGCUUAAUCUAGUGAUUAAAACCAUUGGAGCAAAGCCAAAUGGAAUAGAAUGCUGGCCUUGAAGGAGAGCUGGACAUCGCAAAGAUCCCAUCACUUCUUGCUGACCGCCCCUCUCAAGUCAUGGGGCACCACUUUAAUGGCAUUCCAGAAGAGCUGCACUCUGACAUUGACAAGCUUUCAUCCUCUACGGAAGGUCAAGCACUUUGGUGACCCAGGUGUCAUGAGAUCCAGUUGUUGCCUUCGACCUUCUUCCAUUUGUGAGAGGUACUAGCGCCAAGGCGCUUUUAAAGGGCGUGGAGUAUCCGUUGCAUACAAUGAGCGCCAUCAAUGGGGCUGGAGUUCUCGUUGGCCUUACAACAGUGUCUGUCACACUGGACUUUAGCUUGCACAGCGGUCUGAUGGCUUGGCCACUGAGCCACAAUUUGACUCUAAACCAGAGCUCCCCGACAUCUGAUCCUCUGAAUAUCUCUGAGGGGGCAGAAGUCUCACGGAAGUCCAUCAGGGAGAAGAACUGGCCAGCUCUCCUCAUCCUAAUCAUCAUCCUGCUGACAAUUGGGGGGAACAUUUUGGUCAUCUUGGCUGUUUCUUUGGAGAAGAAGCUCCAGAAUGCAACUAACUACUUCCUGAUGUCCUUGGCAGUGGCAGACAUGUUGGUGGGAAUCCUUGUCAUGCCAGUGUCCCUCAUCACCAUUCUCUAUGAUUAUGCUUGGCCUUUGCCUAAACAAUUGUGUCCCAUCUGGAUUUCCCUAGAUGUGCUCUUUUCCACUGCCUCUAUCAUGCAUCUCUGCGCCAUCUCCCUCGACCGCUAUGUUGCGAUCCGUAACCCCAUUGAGCACAGCCGGUUUAAUUCCCGCACCAAGGCAAUUAUGAAAAUUGCUGCUGUUUGGACCAUCUCCAUAGGGAUCUCCUUGCCCAUCCCAGUAAUUGGCUUGCAAGAUGAUUCUCGGGUGUUUGUGAAUGGAAGCUGCGUCCUGAAUGAUGAAAACUUUGUCCUCAUUGGCUCCUUUGUAGCAUUCUUCAUUCCUCUCAUUAUCAUGGUGUUUGCGUACUGCCUGACCAUUCAAGUCCUGCAGAAGCAGGCCUUGGUCUUCAUGUAUGGGGAGGCCCCCAAGCAGAGGCGAAGUAGCAUGAACUGCCUCAAGAAAGAGAACAACACGGAGAACCUCUCCAUGCUGCAGAACCAUGAGGCUACGUCCCACUUAAACUCUCCCGUGAACAAAGAAGCCGUGCUUUUCCGGAAGGGCACCAUGCAGUCCAUCAACAACGAGCGGAGAGCCUCCAAAGUCUUGGGCAUCGUCUUCUUUUUGUUCCUCAUCAUGUGGUGUCCAUUUUUCAUCACUAACAUCAUGUCUGUCCUCUGCAAAGAAGCUUGCGAUGAGGUUCUUCUCGGGGAGCUCCUCGACGUUUUUGUUUGGGUGGGUUACAUCUGCUCUGGGGUCAAUCCCCUGGUAUACACACUUUUCAACAAAAUCUACCGCAGGGCAUUCUCUAACUAUAUCCGCUGCCGCUAUACCAGCAGCAAGAAGUCAGUACAAAGGCACAAUCAGUGCCCCAACGUCUCUUCGACAGCUUUGUAUGGGAAAGACCUUAAUUUAAACAGUUACCGCAAUGGCAAUGAACUGAACAGCCUGGAGCUGGAUGAGACGGAGGAUGCUCUGGAAAUGCACGUGGGGACCUCCGAGCUUUCCAUAAAUAGCUGCAGCGGCGAAAAGACCAGUAGUGUGUAAGGGGACAGGAGCGGCUCCAAUGCUCUGGAUUUUGCUGUGGUGCAGCUAGGGACUGCUCACAUGUAAAAAAAAAAACCCAAAACAAAAAGUAUGUGUAUUAGUCCAAGAACAAUGUAAAUAAUGCAUUCUGAACAAAGCCUUUUUUUAAUUUAAAACUUCAUCUUUUGUAGCUCAUUGCUUUCCAUCAGUCUUAACCAGGAUCUGUAUUUACUGUUGGGAGCAGAGCAGAAAGGGUCUCUGCAGGAACAGUGAGUAACAGAUCCGAAAAUGGGGUCCCUUGUUUUGCUUUUAAAAUAUUGACCUCUUAAUUUUUAUUUUUCUGGUGCAUGAACAAAAUGCUGACUAUUAAUCUCAGGUGGUACUUUUUUGGAGUUCUCAGUGGUCCGUUAUGAGUAGUCGCAUAUCAAAUAAAAGGGGUAUGGGCUUGGCCA